AGUGCCAGUGUCUUAAAGUCGCGAAGACCUUAUGGAUGUUAUCUAACAAGGUUUUAAACUAUGAAUUUAUAUUUUGAUUUACUGUCGACGUUGGUUGCACUUGCAGGGGUAAGCACGAUAUCUUCCUCGAAACCCAGGUUCAACGAUGGCCACCUACGGUUCAUGGUUUUGGCCGACUGGGGCGGGCUGUCAUUCCAUCCUUUCACCUCACCCGUGCAGAAGGCCGUCAGGGACCAGAUGACGUCAUAUGCACGUGAAAACAAACCUGAGUUCCUGCUCGUGUUAGGGGACAACUUUUACCUAUAUGGCGUUAACAAUGUUGAUGACCGUAGAUUUAUGACGACAUUUGAGAACGUGUACACGCACCCUUCGCUUCACGUGCCGUGGCAUAUUGUAGCCGGAAACCAUGACUACUUUGGAAACGUCUCCGCUCAGAUUGCUUACUCCAAGGUUUCAGAUAGAUGGAAGUUCCCGGACUACUAUCACAAGUUCACAGCCCCGAUAGCGGGUGGGCGGACGGUGGAAGUGGUGAUGAUCGACACGAUACUUCUUUGCGGGAACGUGUACACCCUCCGUGGUCAGCCCGUGGGUCCGGAUGACAAAGCCGCUGCGGAGGCUCAUUUUCGCUGGAUUGAGGAGGCGCUCAGCCAGUCAAAGGCGAACUAUUUGCUGGUGGGUGGACACUACCCCGUCUAUUCAGUGGGAAUGCACGGACCCACCGACUGUCUAAGAGACCGACUAGAGCCAAUGUUGAUUUCAAACAAUGUCACUGCAUACCUUGCUGGUCACGACCACAACUUGCAGCACAUAAAGAGAACCACAAACGGAACAACCCUAGACUAUUUCAUCGUCGGAUCUGGAAACUUUGUCGAUCAGAACCGCUUUCCGUAUACAGACAUCCCCGACGAUAUGGUCAAAUUCUUUUUCGCUGAUCUUAUACAACUAGGAGGGUUUGCUCAUUUCGAAGUGACCACUGACACAAUGACCAUACAUUUCCUGGACGGAGCUGGUGUUGACAUAUAUCAAUAUACGUUAUAUCCAAGAAUUUGAACGUAUUGCAUGGUUUCAUACAUGUUCCAGUUUCUUGUUUUGAAAUACAACUCUUUUCUACAGCAUAA